AUGGAGUCAAUUGCACAUCCACUUGUAUCCAUUAUCUCUGAGAAGCUCAUCAAGCCAUCUUCUCCAACUUGUCCUACUAAAAGAUGGCACAAACUUUCUUUAAUUGAUCAAGCUUUCAGCAACUCUUACAUUCCAUUUUCCCUUUUCUACACCAAAGAUGCUAUCUCAAAGAACAAUACUCAAAUAUCUCAACUUCUUGAGGAAUCUUUAUCCAAAAUACUGUCCAUUUAUUAUCCAUAUGCCGGAAGGCUUAAAGAUAAUACUACAGUUGAUUGUAAUGACGCGGGGGCUGAAUUUGUUCAAGUUCGAAUUGAUUGCCUCAUAUCAGAAACUUUUAACUGGCAUAAUACAGCUAUUGAAGAUUUGUUAUUCCCUCAAGGUUUGCCUUGGUCAAAUUGCACAACCGGUGGUCUAGUUGUAGUUCAACUCACCUAUUUUAAUUGUGGAGGAAUAGCUAUAAGUAUGUGUAUAUCACAUAAGAUUGGAGAUGGAUGCAGUGGUUACAAUCUUUUUCGUGAUUGGUCUGAGAUAACUUCCGAUCCAAAUAAUUUCUCGAUACCAUCUCUCCACUACGUUGAACAAUCUGUUUUUCCUCCACCUUCAAGUGGUCCUUUUCUAUCCCCAUUAUUCAUGUCAAACAAACAUGAUUGUGUCCAAAGAAGGUACAUUUUCUCUAAUGAGAAAUUACUAAACCUUAAGAACACGGUUGCUGCUGAAUCAGAGGUGCAAAAUCCGACACGCACUGAAGUUGUGAGUGCACUUAUCUUUAAAUGUGCUGUAAGAGCAGCAAAGGCAAAGUCAGGGAUUUUCCAACCAUCAUCAAUGGUUCAAGCAGUUGAUUUGCGAGCACAAGUUGGUUUGCCUCCAAAUGCUAUUGGAAAUCUUCUUACCAUAUGUCCAACAUCAAUAACUAAUAACGAAGAAAGUAUGACAAUAUCAAAAUUGGUCAGUGAAAUGAGGAAAUCAAAAGAGCUAGUUUACAAAAGAGAUAACAUCAAUGACAACAUGUUUGUGGCCUUGCUACUCGAACUAGCAAAAUCGAAACAGGAAUAUCAUGACAAUGGUCCUAAUGCGUAUCAAAUUACUAGUUUGGUGAAAUUUGCUCUUCAUGAAAUCGAUUUUGGAUGGGGGAAGCCUACUAAGGUGAGUAUAGCAAAUGGACUAAAUAACAAGUUGGCUAUCUUGAUGGGUAACCAAAGUGGUGGACUCGAUGCAUUUGUGACGCUUACAGAACAUGAUAUGUCUGUAUUUGAACGUGACACUGAGCUUCUUGAAUUUGCUUCUAUAGUUCCAAGCUGUUAGAUGUUUUACAUAUAUU